AUGCCGAGGCGCAAGGGCAAGAUCAUACAGCUGGACUUGCUCCUGCUGUCGCACCAAGGUCUGCUGUGGAAAUGGCUGGGUUCCCCAGGACUGGUCGCCGUAUGGCUGGCGCCGCCCUGCGGCACAUCCAGCAGGGCCAAGGAACUCCCGCUUCCGGGGGAGGACGAGCCGCGCCCUUUGCGGUCAGUGGAGUGCCCGGAAGGGCUCCCAGGCCUUGGCCCAAGUGAUUCAGAAAGGGUGGCAAAGGCUAACGAGCUUUACCGGCUCACGGCCCGAAUCUGGGACUUCUGCUGCGAAAAUGACAUUGUGGUAAUCAUAGAGAACCCCUAUCGCAGCUUCUUCUGGCAUUGCAGCGCCAUUGAACACAUCCUCAGGAGUGAACAGGCGAUCGUGGUCCAGUGCGACUUUUGCAUGAUGGGAGGUUCGAGAUUGAAGCGGACGGCCCUGCUGUGCAACAGCGACCUCAUCACAGGCCUGGCUGUCACGUGUGAUGGAUCCCACGAGCACCUGCCCUGGAAAGUGCAAGAGGGAGUUCUCGCAACGAAGCUUGAGACUGCGUAUCCACACCAGUUUUGUAAGCACUUUGUCUCCCUGCUGCUGCAGCAUCUGACACAGAAGGGUUGUCGGGAUGGUCUGAAUCUCUUGGAGGCAGAUCCCGCAAACUCCUCAGGAGCCAGGGUGGUAACGACACAGGCGAAGACAAAAAGGGCUGCAUCGUUUCAGGUUAUCCCCGAAUUUCGCAGACGAAUCAGAUGGACAGUGCCCGGCCAACUCCGUAGUACUCUCCAGACUACACAGUGGUUGGCACCGGACAGGAUCCCGGGCUUCAAGGCGCCAGGAGCCCCGGCGCUGAGAGUGACGCCCCUACUGUCUUCUGCGACGGAUGUGCUGGUGGAGGUCCCGUGGAACCCACAGGAAUUUGUGGCGAAAGCCCGACUGGCCGGCCACCCCCGACACCUGUGUCUCGGGGUGCCACCCGCCCUGCGGAAGGCGAUUUUGGCGUGUUCUAAACAGCCUGCAACCAAGGUGAUUGAGACUCGAGCUGCGCAGUCACGGAGAUGGCUCCAGCGAGCCCGGGAGCUGCAGUUAGCUGAAGACGACUUCAAAGCCAAGCUGCCCGAGCACAUCCGCAGCAGCCUCCGUAACAAGAGAAUACUGCUCUUCAAAGAGAUGCUAGAAGCGUCCCACUACGCCGACAAGGCAGUGGCAGACGACCUGGCACAGGGUUUUGAUCUUGUGGGGCAUUUGGACCUUCCGGCAGGAUGGUCCGCCGACUUUCGUCCAGCAUUCCUCUCCCUGAAGGACCUUUCCCAACUAACGCAGGAGACCAACCACCAGGUCAUCAAGGAAGUUGAGGACUCAUCUCAGUUCCUGGAAGAACUGUGGCAGAAAAGUCUCGAUGAAGUAUCAAAAGGCUGGUCGGAAGGACCUUUUCGAGAGCAGGACUUGCCACAAGGAGCUGUAGUCAGCAAACGUUUUGCAAUCCAACAAGGGAACAAGGUCAGGCCGAUUGACGACCUGUCCCAGAGCCACAUCAACGAGGCAUUCGGGAGCAUGGGGAAGAUCGAGUUGCAUGACAUCGAGACAAUUGCAGCGUCGGCCAUCUUGUUCCUGAGGCACGCAGGACAAGGACUGCUUGGUAAAACCAUUGACCUGAAAUCAGCAUAUAGGCAACUACCACUGUCCGAAAAGGCACUCAACAUGGCCUACGUGGCUGUCAAGGACCCCAAUUCGGGGGAGGUUCGCUUCUUUAGGCUUCUCUGCCUUCCAUUCGGCGCUGUGGCGGCGGUCCAUGCAUUCAUCAGGGUCAGCCUGGCUAUUUGUCAUAUAGGAAACACGUUUUGGCACUUGCCUUGGAGCUCUUUUUACGAUGACUUCACACUGUUGUCAACACAACAGCUGGCCACUAGCGCAGAGGCCAGUGCAUGUUUGCUGCUAGACUUGCUCGGCUUUGAGUUUGACAGAGACGGAGACAAGGCCCAGCCGUUCCAGGAGGUCUUCAGAUCUUUGGGGGUCGAGUUUGACCUUACAGACAGCAGCAAGCAGAUAUUUAGGAUCCAGAAUACAGCAGAGCGGACCAAAAGUCUCAUCGAAGACCUGGCAGCCUUUCAGGAGCAAGGAGCCUCAAACCCUAAGACCUGGAACCGACUGAGGGGAAGGCUGCACUUCGUGGCGGGCCAACUCUCUGGGCGCUUGCCGAAGGGAUUCAUGAGAAGAAUCUCUGACAUCAUCAAUGCCCCCGCAUAUGUCAGGAGACAAAACCAAGCCUCCCUUUGCGCAGCACUGCAGGGGCUACGACACUACAUAGCCGAGGCGUCGCCGAGGAUAGUGCGAGCCCAGACCUCAGAGACGGUGUACGCCUUUACGGACGCCUCGCAAGAAGGACUCCAAGGCCUCGAAAUGGGCCUGGGAGCAGUCCUGUUCAAUCAGGAGGGGCACAUCCUGUGUUGGUUUGGCAUUGUGUUGCCGCAUGACCUCGCUGAGAAACUUCUGCAAGGAAAGUCUAAAGUCAUCAACGAGCUCGAGAGCAUAGCCGUUCUCCUGCUAUUCAUUCUAGCCCGAGAGUUUCUGCGGGGGAAACAUGUGAUGUGCUACUUAGACAAUGAGGCGGCGCGCAUAACGCUCCUCAAGCUGACCAGCGACUCAGAGGCUUUGACCCUCUUGAGCAAUGCUUGCGCAUUGUUGGAACAGGAGCUUGAGAUGAUUCCGUUCUACGCUCGGGUACCGAGCAAAUCCAACGUGGCGGACGCUCCGUCUCGCCUUGACUUUACAGGGCUGCCACGCAAUUGCAGGUUCCAAGACCAGGUGCUUCUUGCGGAAAUGGCCAAGCUGGUGAACUCGCUCGUCGGGCGCGGGGCCUGA